GGCGGCGAGGUGCCGAUGACCGAGAUGCUGGGCACGUUCGCGCUCUCCGUCGGCGCAGCGGUCGGGAUGGAGUUCUGGGCGCAGUGGGCGCACAAGGCGCUGUGGCACGCGUCCCUGUGGCACAUGCACGAGUCGCACCACCGGCCGCGCGACGGGCCCUUCGAGCUCAACGACGUCUUCGCCAUCAUCAACGCCGGGCCGGCCAUCGCCCUCCUCGCCUACGGCUUCUUCCACCGCGGCCUCGUGCCCGGCCUCUGCUUCGGCGCGGGCCUUGGGAUUACGCUUUUCGGCAUGGCAUACAUGUUCGUGCACGACGGCCUGGUCCACCGCCGGUUCCCCGUCGGCCCCAUCGCGGACGUGCCCUACUUCCGGCGAGUGGCUGCCGCUCACAAGAUACACCACAUGGACAAGUUCGAGGGGGUACCGUAUGGGCUUUUCCUGGGACCCAAGGAGCUGGAGGACGUUGGUGGCCUCGACGAGCUGGAGCAGGAGCUCGCCAGGAUCAACCGGACUCGGAGCAUCUGAAGGACUCUGGACAUGGCGGCAUACGCAGCUAGAAGAGCCUUGUGAUCUCAUCUAGCAGAUGAACUACAUUUCAAGAUUUUUUGUUACUUUUUGGUGGUUGCUAUUGAUUUAAUUGAUGGUUCUGGAGAACGGGAGUCCAGAACCGGAAGGAAGCUAAUGAUCAGGCAGUGGUGGUGGUGUACUCCCCGUUACCCGGCUGCAGGGUGCGUGGUCGCGUGGAUGUGUGCAAACAGUUCUAGGAAGAAGCACAGAUGGUUCAUGAGGCUGUGACAUGAUUUUAUUCUUUUUCCUGCCUUCGAGGUCUCACCACGUCCAUAUUUUUGUUUUGUGGAGACCCAACUCCAUGUCUUGCUCUUAUAUAUGACUAGAAACUACGCUUCUGUGUAUAACAAGUAGAGAAGGUUGUGAACCACUUCAAUGAAAGUAAAAGUUGGCGGUUGGCAAGAACGCUGGAGAUUCAGUA